AUGGUUAAGAAAGUGUUACUUAUCAACGGUCCAAACUUGAAUUUGCUCGGUACUAGAGAGCCAGAGAAGUACGGUACGACUACCCUAAAAGAUCUUGAGGCUGAAGCCCAUGCCCAGGUGUCCAAGCAUGAGGGAGCUGAGUUGUUCACCUACCAAAACAACACGGAAGGUUUCAUCAUUGAUCGUAUCCAUGAGGCAAAACAUCAAGGUGUCGGGUUCGUGAUCAUCAAUGCUGGUGCCUACACCCAUACCUCGGUGGGAAUCCGUGAUGCUUUAUUGGCUACGGGCAUUCCUUUCAUUGAAGUGCACAUCACCAACGUUCACCAGAGAGAGCCAUUUAGACACCACCUGUACCUCCUGGACAAGGCGAUUGCUGUGAUUGCCGGUUUGGGAGUCUAUGGCUACACUGCAGCCAUUGAGUAUGCCUUGAACUACUAG